AUGGCCUACCUAAGGAUCGCCACUGUCUCAAUUGCAGUAACCACUGCCUACGCAUUGCCCACCAAGGAUAGUACGCAGACUUCGAGUUUGAUUGUUCCAAAAACAGCAGUAGGGGCUUCAAUUCCACACACGAAUUCUUUUGCUUCAUUCUCCUUUGAGCCUGCAUUCUGGGUCGACUUUUUCGGGAAUGCCAGCAAUCCAAAUCAGCUUACAUUCAAGGCACUGGACAGAAUCCAUGAGCAUGGAGGACGACCAGUCAUACGGCCUGGUGGCAUCACCAUGGACAGUAUGAUAUUUGAUCCAAAUGGGGGCGAUGUGGUGCGUACAACCAGCCCAACGGGUGGAGUCUGGAGAACGACUGUCGGACCUGGGUACUACAAGAGCUGGUCCAAUUUCCCUGAAGGAACAAAGUUCGUAUCUACGCUCAACUUCGGCAACGAAAGUCUAGAGAUUGCCACGGGUCUAGCUGUCGCUUCAUUGACAUAUCAACCCGACAAGGUCGCCUACCUUGAACUCGGCAACGAACCCACAAACUACAACAGGAACCGAUGGAAUCUUUCUACCCAAGCUUACGUGAAGCAAUGGAAGGAAUACACAGCAAGCAUAGACACCGCUGUAAACACUCUAAACACCUCAACCCUCCCCCAAGACCGCUGGUGGGCCUCCUCCGCCACAACCGACAACUCAGGCCUCGAAGUCCGCCCCGCCGCCCUCAUUCCCGCAGGCAUAAACUCCGCCCACCAAGUCAACACCUACUCGAUCCACUCGUACGCCUUCUCGACCUGCGACCCCAAGCGCGCCGCCCUCGCCACCAUCAAAAACAUCCUCAACCACACCGAGCUGACGCGCUACUGCGACUCUGAAAUCUACCCCUCUGCCCUCGCCGCCCUCAACGCAAACAGCAGCUGGAGCAUCGGCGAAUUCAACUCCGUCUCAUGCUCGGGCGCCCCCAACGUCACCGACACCUUCGCCCAGGCCCUCUGGGUCGUAGACUCGGAACUCCUCUACGCCACGCGCAACGCAACCUCGACCUUCCUGCACCAGGGCGCCACGCUCGCCCUGCAGUCCAACGAGCAGGUGAAUACGCCAGGCAAAAAUGGUAGUCCGGGGUUUAGCACGUAUUCGAUGCUUUAUCCGCGCGAUAGCGAGCUUAGGGGCCCCGCGCGCACGCUGCCGUCGUUCCUCGCGCAGUUGUUUAUGGCGGAGGCGUUUGCGGUGGCGGGGACGAGGGUGAGGGCGCUGCAGGCGCCUGAGGGCGUGGAUGCGGAGCGGUUUGCCGCGUAUGCGUUUUAUGUGGCGGAUAAGGUGGCCAAGGUUGCGUUGGUGAAUAUGAAUCCCUUCUAUGCUAAUUCUACGGCGGAUUUUACAGUGACGGUUGGGUUGGGGGGUGUGCUGGAGGAAGAGGAAGAGGAGAGUAAGCGGGUUGUGAGGGUGAAGAGGAUGACGGCGCCGUUUGUGGAUAGUAAGGAUAAUAAGGUGGCGACGUGGGCGGGGCAGUCGUUUCCGCAGGGCGAGGCGGUGGGGAAGAUGGAUAUUGAGGUUGUGGAAGAUGGAGUGGUUAGUGUGAGGGGGAGUGAGGCGGUAUUGGUGUUUUUCGAUGAGGAUGUGUAUGGGGUGUAG